GGCUGCAUUUUUCUGAGGCAAAACAUGCAGAAGGCAAGAAAAUCAGGUGUAACAGCUGUUUCCUCUAAGACGUUUCUGUGACUUAAAAAAAAAUGCAACUUUUGUUUUGCGUAAAAGUAUAAAGCAGUCCUAAAAAGUUUUUCUUUGGAAAAAAUGCGCACUUUCUCUAAGCUGCGCGUCUCAGCAGAGGUGCCUCAAACUUUUCCAGGAGGAGAUGCGGCUCCUCUCGGGACUGCUCUGUCCGGAGUUACUCUGUUCCCAGCUGUAUCCACCAGAGGACCAUCAAAUCGAAGCCUGGAUUCCAGCAUAGAUCCGAUCGUUCACACAUCCACAGCGGACCACUCUGCGGCAUUUUCUCGGCCUCUUAUAGAAAGCGGGGAAACGGCAGAAGAUGAGCCCAAACUUUAUCUAGAAGCCAGUGAGCUUUGGAGACAGUUCCACAAAUGCGGAACAGAAAUGGUCAUUACAAAAUCCGGGAGGCGUAUGUUUCCGCCGCUCAGGGCCAGGUGCACCGGGAUGGACAGGAGAGCCAAAUAUAUUCUCCUCAUGGACAUCGUGGCAGCUGAUGACUGCAGAUAUAAAUUUCAUAACUCGCGCUGGAUGGUGGCGGGCAAGGCGGACCCCGAGAUGCCCAAACGCAUGUACAUCCACCCGGACAGUCCGGCUACGGGAGAGCAGUGGAUGUCCAAAGUGGUCAACUUCAACAAGCUAAAACUGACCAACAACAUAUCCGACAAGCAUGGAUUUACAAUUCUCAACUCCAUGCACAAAUAUCAACCCAGGUUCCAUAUAGUAAAGGCAAAUGACAUCUUAAGGUUGCCUUACUGCACUUUUCGGACAUAUGUGUUCUGUGAGACAGAAUUCAUCGCAGUCACAGCUUACCAAAACGACAAGAUCACACAGCUGAAAAUAGACAACAAUCCUUUUGCCAAGGGAUUCCGAGACACCGGCAACGGAAGGAGAGAGAAGAGGAAGCUACAACAUUCAUCCCAGAGGUCUAAAGAGAUGCGGAUGACUGAUGUGAAACAAGAAGCUGUAAAAGAUUCUCCACAGCAUUCACACAGUUCCAAGGCUUUAGAUGCUCGUGAAAGUGACGAUGACAAAGACAAGAAUUCAGACGAGUGUCUUGGAGAAGAGCUGUGUGAAACAGACCAGGAAAAACAACUAGAGCCGAAGGUUUCCAUUACGGAAGCAACCUUGCAGACUGCAGCUGGGAUCCAAAGCAAUCUGGACCUCAGACAAAAUCAUGUCAUCAGUCUAACAACUGACCAAGCAAAUUGUUGCCAGAAACAAAAUGCAAAGAAGGAACAACUGUGUGAACUGUGCAGCGGUUUUGCAUACAGCUGUGUUUAUUCUCCUAAAUUAAACAGAUAUCUGUGGGAUCCCAGAAUGUCCAGUGACCUUUUCCACUCCUCUCAGCUGAACACCUGGCACAGCUGUGCCAAUGCAGACAGAGCAGUGCCAUGUGGACUGAGCCCAGCAGUGCCUGCUAGAACUCCUCAUCCCGUUAAUCUUCAGCAACAUGCACUGGUGCAGGACCUGAAGAGCCUUUCAAACUUUGGAGGCCUUCUGUUUUAUCCCAACUCCAGGUUCUUAGCAGCAUCAGCCCAUUACCUCAACCCACCAGGCCAGCCCGGGUUGGAUUUCAGAGGCUGUCCGAGCAUCCACAGUCGGGAUUACUUCUCCUCUCCGGCAGUAUUUUCAUUUGUUCCUGCGGGGAGUGGUGGUUUCAAAUAUCUCACCCCAGAAUGGCGUACACUGCCUAAGGUGGAGGAGAAGACUUUAACUGAGCUGGAACUGACUGCAGCCAGGAUGAGUAAAGACCAAUGGGAGACCACUGACUUGUGAGAGGUUUCCUGCUGCUUUAAAGUGUGCCUGCAUGUGGACUUCUAACCCUGUCAUUCCUUCUAGAUUCCUUCUUGGGUGCUCUUUCAAGCUCGGCCUCUUGACGCUGAGUAUUGCUGCCCACAAGGAAAGGUUGUGUAUCCCGCAAGCCAUCAGCAGCUUUGACGUAAAGGCAGCAUUUGACAAUCCCACGAAUGAGGACAUUUAAACUUACUUCAAAUUGGAAAAGAAAAACUUGUUGCCUACAUGAGUUAUGGUUGAAUUCCUGUCCUACAGAGAGUGUUUAAUUUCAACAAAAUAUAACUUGGAUCAUAAACAGCAUACUAGGGUGUGUUUUUACUGAAACUCUGCUGACUGAUGCAUUACAUGGAUGCUUAA